CAAAAUAAGGGGUUGGCUAAUUAAGGCAGAGAGCGUCAGCAUCAAUAAGGCUAUUAAUGCACAGGAAGUCGCAGUGAAGGAAAAACAUGCCAGAACAUGCAUUCUUGGUACGCAUCAUGAGAAAGGCGCUCACACAUUCUGGUCGGUAGUGAAUCGAUUGCCGCUGUCCAGCAAUGCAGUCCUCUGCUGGAAAUUUUGCCAUGUAUUUCACAAGCUGCUUCGUGAUGGACAUCCAAGUGUUCUUUUGGACUCGAUGCGAUAUAAGAAUGAGCUGAAUGACAUGAGCAGAAUGUGGGGUCACUUAAGUGAAGGUUAUGGGAGACUGAGUUGUAUCUACCUCAAACUAUUAAUAACAAAGAUGGAAUUCCACAGUAAAAAUCCAAGAUUCCCAGGAAAUCUCCAGAUGACAGACAGGCAACUAGAAGAGACAGGCGAAAAUGAUGUAAAUAACUUUUUUCAGCUGACCGUGGAAAUGUUUGAUUAUCUGGAAUGUGAGCUCAACCUUUUCCAGGCAGUCUUCAGUUCCCUGGACAUGUCAAGAUCAGUGUCUGUAACAGCGGCUGGUCAGUGUCGAUUAGCUCCUCUAAUCCAGGUUAUUCUUGACUGCAGUCACCUGUACGACUACACUGUUAAACUUCUCUUCAAGUUACACUCCUGUCUCCCAGCAGAUACUUUACAAGGCCAUAGAGACCGAUUCCAUGAGCAGUUCAGAAAACUGAAAGAAUUAUUUUAUAGAUCCAGUAACUUACAAUAUUUCAAGCGGCUGAUUCAGAUUCCGCAGCUCCCGGAGAAUGCUCCAAACUUUCUGCGAGCCUCAGCGCUGUCAGAGCAUGUCAGCCCUGUUGUGGUCAUUCCUGUUGAGUCCACCUCACCUGACAGUGAGCCAGUUGCGGAAACAGAUGACCUAGUCGAGAUGAACUCAUCAUCCCAGCAGAAUUUAUUUGACAAUAAAUUUGAUGACCUCUUUGGAAGUCCUGGGCCAACUGACCCAUUCAAUUUUAACAACCAGAAUGGGAUGUCUAAGGAUGACAGGGACAAGUUAAUUGAACAACUCAACAGGGAAAUUGCGUCACUGAAGGAAGAGAUGGCGAAUUUUAAAAUCGAGCAAACUGUGCUGAUCUUGGUAAACGACUGUGACAACAAAGUACCAGACCCAUUACGGCUUUCGACUGUUGAUUUUGAUCAGUACAAAUCACUGAUUGCCACAGGCAGUGAUUAG